AUGAACGAAGCUAGCGGUGUGCCAGGCAGUGUGCCAGAAAGUGGCUCUACCCCACCCAUUUGUGUCAUUGUUUUAGGGAUGGCAGGCUCUGGUAAAACAACACUUGUUCAGAGACUAACAGCCCAUCUUCACACAGCGAAAACACCUCCUUAUGUUAUAAAUCUUGACCCAGCAGUUUAUGAAAUACCUUAUCCAGCAAAUAUAGAUAUCCGAGACACUGUAAAUUAUAAAGAAGUAAUGAAACAAUAUUCACUGGGGCCUAAUGGUGGAAUUGUCACAUCUCUAAAUUUAUUUGCUACGAGAUUUGAUCAAGUUGUAGAUUUGGUUGAAAAGAAAACAGGAGAAUACAAAUAUGUGAUAAUUGAUACACCCGGACAAAUUGAAGUAUUUACAUGGUCAGCUUCAGGUGCCAUUAUUACAGAAACACUGGCCUCUAAAUUCCCUACUAUAGUUGUAUAUGUACAAGAUACAGCUAGAAGUGUCAAUCCAGUUACAUUCAUGUCCAAUAUGACAUAUGCCUGUAGUAUUAUGUAUAAAACCAAGUUACCAUUUAUAGUAGCCCUCAAUAAAAUUGAUAUUGUUAGCCACACGUUUGCUCAGGAAUGGAUGAAAGAUUUUGAAGUGUUCCAGGAAGCUAUGGAACAGGAGACAUCAUACACCUCUAAUCUUGUCAGAUCUAUGAGUUUAGCCUUGGAUGAAUUUUAUAAAGACUUAAAGAAUGUAGGUGUGUCAGCUAUGAAUGGUGAAGGAAUUCAAGAUUUUUUUAAACUGGUAGAUGAAGCAGCUGUAGAAUAUGAAGUUGAAUAUAAACCAAUGUAUCAGAAGUUAAAGGAGGAACAUGAAGAAAAAAGAAAAUUGGCAGCAGAGAAAGAAAUGAAUAAAGUAAAACAAGAUUUAGGAACUGGACAGCCUGUAGAUCUUGGUGCCUCUGGUGGGUAG